CGGAGGUACACAAUGACUCUCACGCGUCAGGCUCUCAGUCAGCAUAAUAGUCGGCAGUCCUGCUGGGUGGCGAUUCAUGGGGUGGUUUACGACGUUACAGACUUUCUUGACUCUCACCCAGGAGGACCCCAAGUGAUUCUGCGGUGUGCAGGCAAAGAUGCUACGAAGAGCUUUGAUUCAGUUCAUACACCUGAAAUUCUAACCGAGGCUCUCCCCGAAAGUGCAGUCCGAGGUCAUCUUGAUGCCGUAGAGCUACAGGCGUUGGACCCGACGCCAAACGAGAAAAGGCAAACAAAGCCAGAUGGGAAUUCCUCACCGGCAUUGCAUAGUCUGAUCAAUUUGCAUGAUUUUGAGAAGGUGGCGCAAAAGCAUCUGCCUGCUAAUGCCUGGGCCUAUUACUCGUCAGGAGCAGACGACGAAAUCAGCAAACGGAAUAAUGCCCGCGCAUAUCAAAAGAUCGCACUUCGCCCCCGUAUUCUGCGCAAGAUCCCCAUUGUUAAUACGACGACUGACAUCUUAGGACACUCGGUUUCUCUUCCCGUGUAUAUCUCCCCGGUGGGGAUUGCCAAAUUUGCCCACCAAGACGGCGAAUGCGCCCUCGCGGCCGCAGCGGGCAAACAGGGCCUUGUUCAGGUCCUGGCCAAUGGCUCGAGCAUGCCAAUCGAGCGGGUGAUGCAGAGUCGUGCCUCGCCCGAUCAACCUAUCUUUCAGCAAAUCUAUGUGAAUAGAGAUGUACAAAAGUCGAUUCAGACAGUCCGUCGAGCUGUAAAGGCUGGAGCUACUGCUAUUUGGAUUACAGUUGACUCACCAGUGGUUGGGAAACGCGAGAUGGAUGAGCGGUUGAAUCUCAGUAUCACAUCCUAUGCCACCGAACAUGAUGCACACGGCCAAGGGAUGGCCAAGACUAUGGCUAGUUCAAUAUCACCGUUUAUUGACUGGGAGAUCCUUGCCUGGCUUCGGCAACACACAAGUCUACCCGUCGUAAUCAAGGGCAUACAGUGUGUUGAAGAUGCCCGAGAGGCAUAUGAGCAUGGUGUCCAGGGCAUUGUUCUCUCCAACCACGGAGGACGUUCACAAGACACGGCUCAAUCUCCGCUAUUAACUCUUCUGGAAAUCCGGAAGUUUGCACCACAUUUGAUUGGAAGCAAAAUGCAAAUCUUCAUUGAUGGUGGCAUUCGGCGAGGAACAGAUGUUCUCAAGGCUAUCGCACUUGGCGCAACUGCGCCUCUGAAGCCGACCCCCACGCCCUCGGCCUCCCUCCGAUGCGGGGAUGGGAUUCGUUCAUAUGAGUCUGUCUUCAUGUGGAUGGGUUCGAUUGCAGUUCACACCAUGUCCGAGCAAAUUGAUGUUCUUCUCUACGGACUGGGAGCAAUUGGCUCCUUCUAUGCCUUUAUCCUCAAUCGGUCCGACCGCGUUCGUCUCACGGUUGUGGCACGCUCCAACUAUGAUGCUGUGAAGGCCAAUGGCAUCGCUAUCAAUAGUGAAAACCAUGGCCAACACACUUUCCAUCCCCAUCGAGUGGUGAAAUCUGCCUCGGAAGUUUCCCCAGUGGAUUACAUCGUGUGUGCGCAUAAAGCUAUCGACCAAGAUAAGGUGGCUACUCAGUUGCAGUCGGCCGUGGAUCCCAAUCGAACUACGAUCGUGGUGAUUCAAAACGGCGUGGGGAAUGAGGAACCAUUCCGAACGAGAUUUCCACAUAACAGCAUUCUCAGCUGUGUGACUUGGGUAGGAGCCACGCAAACAAGUCCGGGCAUCGUCAAGCACACGAAAUCUGAGGAUAUGCAAAUUGGCCUAUUCCCCAAUCCCACAGUUGACAGUGAGAAUGAAAAGAAACGACUCGAUACAUUUGCUGGUCUUCUCCGGAAUGGAAAGACUCGAUUCCAAGUUGUCGAAGAUAUACAGAUCCAGCGAUGGGAAAAGGUUGUCUGGAAUAUCGCAUGGAACUCAUUGACGACGCUCACCAUGGUGGACACUCAAACCUGGCUGCACUCCUCAGACGAUGCGACACCAUUUACACGACAAGUAAUGCAGCAGGCGAUCAAUAUUGCGCGGGCUUGUGGUGUACCCCUACAGGACGAGCUAAUUGACCAACAAAUGGACAAGAUCAACGCCAUGCCUGGUAUCGGAAGUAGCAUGCAAACGGAUUGCAAAUACGGACGACCAAUGGAGAUCGAUGUUAUCUUGGGCUUUCCAGUGCGCAAGGCUCGAGAGUUGGGAGUUCAAGCUCCAUAUGUGGAGGCUCUUUAUGUUCUCCUUCGGGCGAUUGAUGGCCGACUCAGAGCUGCGCUGUAA